GGCAGAAGAGAAGCCCACAGCCUGGAGAACUGCUGCCCAGACAGGCUGCCUCCUGGCCCCAGCCUGGGUCAGGGGGUCGCCAGCGUGGGUCAGGGGUCGCCAGCCCUUCCUGGGCCUCCUUCCUCCUGGUACCCUCCUCCUCCCUCCCUCCCCACCCCUCCCCCGCAGCCCUUAUAGCCACAUCCUGCAAGGAAAACCCCCAGACUCCUGCACCACGGGCGGAGAUGAGGAAGCUUGCGGAGGCUCGGCAGCUCAGGGCUCCUGGCUCGGCCAUCCUGCUCCUGGGGCUUGUGCUGGGCACCGCGGCGAGGCUCAACUGCACCGGAGACACCUACCCCAAAGACGGCAAGUGCUGCAGCGAGUGCCCACCAGGUUACGGGAUGGAGAGCCGCUGCAGUCGUGACCAGGACACCAGGUGCCGCCAGUGCACGUCCGGCUUCUACAACGAGGCCGUGAACUACGAGCCUUGCAAGCCCUGUACACAGUGCAACCAGAGAAGUGGGAGCGAGCCCAAGCAGAGGUGCACAGCCACGCAGGACACGGUCUGCCGCUGCAGGCCGGGCACCGAGCCCCAGGACGGUUACGAUCGCGGAGUUGACUGUGCCCCGUGCCCAGCAGGAUACUUCUCCCCGGGCGACGACCAGGCUUGCAAGCCCUGGACCAACUGCACCUUGACUGGAAAACGCACACUGCGGCCGGCCAGCCGAAGCUCAGACGCCGUGUGUGAGGACAGGAGCCCGCCAGCCACCGUGCCUCAGGAGACCCAGGGCCCUCCAGCCGGGCCCCCUACCACGCAGCCCACCACAGCCUGGCCUGGGGCCUCCCAGGGGCCCUUCACACCCCCUGCGGAGCCUCCCAGGGGUCCGCAGCUGGCCGCCGUCCUGGGCCUGGGCCUGGGCCUGCUCGCCCCCGUGGCCGCCGCACUGGCCCUGCUCAUGCACCACAGAGCCUGGCGGCCCCCUGCUGGUGAGUGCUGCGGGUCCCCAGCCCGGGCCGCUUCCCCGAGGGGUGAGGUCCCUGCCCACCACCCACCCCUUCCCUCCUCCCCAGGUGGAAAUAGCUUCCGGACCCCCAUCCAAGAGGAGCAGGCUGAUGCCAACUCCACCCUGGCCAAGAUCUGAGCAGCCAGUGCCCCCACCCCAGGCCAGGGGCCCAGAGUGUCUGCUAGACAACGAGGGGCAGUGGGGGAGCCCCCAGGCGCGGGCCGCCACACCCCACCACCCACCCUGCGCCGUUUUAGGUGCUCCUGGGCUGACACCCAGGGCUCUGCUACGUAUGCUGUGUGUACUUCAUGCCCAGGGUGGUGCCCCCCCAAUAAACGACAUUGGCACA